AUGGAGCGCCGCAUCUGGAUUAACCCGCGCGUCGAUGCAGCCCUGCCCCCACCUGCAGACAACAACUUGGAGCCCACAGACGAAGGUCACUAUCGCCACCGGCAUACACGUUUCACGCUGCCGUCGUUCAAAGACACCUUGAAGAAGAGAAAACCGGUGCACAUUGGGUGGCCUGUGAAAUUUACUCCGGAGCAACAUUCCAAGCAUGUGCUUUACGAAGGUCGACGUCCAUCAGAAGUGCAACAUGAUGUUUCCGGCGUUGUACAGACCUGGCGAGAGCGCCAAAUUGCGAAGCAGCUAUACCCCCUGUUCUGCGAAGACGUGACGUACGCUGAGGCGUCUCUGAGGGCCCACGACCGUCGUGGUCAGUUUCACUUCUCUUCAAUCGAGAUCGCGGCUCCCUUUCUUCGCGCGCUCAGCCGUUGCAUGUUCGAACGCAUGGAAGACAUUCCCGAGUUCAAGGGAGCGUUCUUCUAUCACGAGUCUCGUGGGAGCAAAGGAGGCACCCACCACAAUCCAAACGAUGACAUCGAUGCGGAUAUGGCGUUGGAGGACGUCUUUUCAAAGCUGGAUUUCCUCAAGUUGUCCGAGGACGAUCUCAAGGACCGUUGA